UCAAAAUGGCGACUGAUUCAAUGAAGAGGUGUAUUUGUGUGCUCUCUAUAUGCUGUAGUGUCUUGGGUGUUGUUUCUUCAAGUUCUGUUCGAAAUGACGUCACUAAUUACCUUAUCGGGACGGGAAUCGGUGACAUCACCGGGCCAGCGGCUGAAGUGAACAUGAUGGGUUAUGCGAAUCCUUCACAAACAAGCAAUGGCAUUCAUCUGCGCCAGUAUAGUCGAGCGUUUGUGUUUGCUGACAGUGGCAACAAGACUCGGACUGUAUUUGUGAGCACUGAUUCUUGCAUGGUAUCUGAAGAUGUCAAACUGGAGGUAGUAAAGAGGCUUAGCAGUGAGUAUGGGAGCUUGUACACAGAGAGGAACCUGUGCAUCAGCGGCACACACACACAUUCUGGACCAGGAGGCUUCCACCAGUACCUGCUGUUUGAGAUUACCUCCCUUGGAUUUGUCAACCAGUCCUUCACAGCUCUGGUAGAUGGCAUUGUUGAUAGUAUUCACAUGGCCCACAACACAGUUCGUCCCGGCAACAUCUUCAUCAACAGCGGGGAACUACUGGAGUCCAACAUCAACCGCAGCCCCUCUGCGUAUGCCAACAACCCAGAAGCAGAAAGAAAGAGGUACAACUACAAUGUUGACAAGAACAUGACUGUCCUGAAGAUGCUGGAUGCUGAUGGCAAGGACAUUGGAAUGAUCAGCUGGUUUGCUGUGCACGGUACAAGUAUGAACAACACGAAUGGCCUGAUCAGUGGGGACAACAAAGGCUACGCCGCUCAGCUGGCAGAGGAAAUAAUGAACCAAGGGGCACUACCAGGGAAGGGAGCGUUUGUCGCUGCGUUUGCUCAGAGCAAUGAAGGAGAUGUGUCCCCUAACACUAAAGGCCCCCACUGUAUGGACAGUGGUCUUCCAUGUGAUAUACUGACAAGCACCUGCCAUGGCAAGAACGAGCUGUGUGUUGCUGCGGGCCCUGGCCGGGAUAUGUUCGAGAGCACCAAGAUCAUCGGGGAGAAUCAGUACAACAAGGCCAUGGAGCUGUACCACACUGCCACCACCAGGCUGUCGGGCCCAGUAGACUUCCGUCACUCAUAUGUUGAUAUGACAGAUGUAGCUGUGGAAGUCAAUGGUACAACUGUGAAGACCUGCAAGCCAGCCAUGGGGUACAGUUUUGCAGCCGGAACCACCGAUGGACCUGGAAUGUUUGACUUUAAACAGGGUUCAACAUCAUCUAACCCCUUCUGGAACUGGGUACGAGGUUUCAUCAAAACUCCUUCUCCUGAACAAGUUUCCUGCCAUGCCCCGAAACCAAUCCUGUUCGAUACAGGCGAGAUCAAUCGACCAUAUCCAUGGCAACCAGCGAUUGUUGACAUUCAGAUGCUCCAAAUUGGCCAGCUUGUGAUCAUUGGCGUACCAGCAGAAUUCAGUACAAUGUCAGGACGUAGGACAAGAGAUGCGGUGACAGAGCAUCCUGUGCUGCAGAUCCAACGCUACGAGGGAGCAUCCACUACAUACGGACCCAACACUCUACAGGCAUACAUACAGAGCUUUGUAGGACUAGCACAAGAUAUGGCCAAAGGCACACCCUCCCCACCUGGCCCAGACCCUCCAAAUCUGCUCGACCGGCAACUGUCAUUCCUGCCGCCAGUCAUCUUUGACGCUGCCCCGAUUGGCAAGACGUAUGGGGAUGUGGUUGUUGAUGUGCAGCCGGAGUGCAGUCAGAACACAACAGUGAAAGUAUCCUUCAUUAGUGGUGAUCCAAGAAAUGCUUUGAAGAGAGAUGAGACUUUCCUGACAGUGGAGAAACAGCUGUCAGUGACAGAGUGGGACGUUGUUUUCACCGACUCCAGCCGACACACCAGGUUUUACUGGCAUCACACAAGUUACAUCCUGGGUGAAAGUGAGGCUGAGAUAACUUGGGAUAUUCCAGCCAAUCAGGAGCCAGGAACAUACCGCAUCAGACAUUUUGGAGAUCACAAGAGCAUCCUUGGAACAAUAACAGCAUUCUCAGGAACAUCCAGCUCUUUUCAAGUCAAGGCUCUGUGAACAAGUGAUCAGUUCUGUCUUUUUUGUAGAUGUGUAAAGUUAGUACAUUGCAUGAAAAAGGUGUGGUACACAAUCAUACAUGAUUUCUUUCUGUUAUGAGAUUAUAUUUAACAUAUAAUAGAUAAUUAUGUAACAACAAAAAAUAUAAACAAAAGAAAUAGAAUUUCAGAUGAAAUUCAUUAAGAUCAGUGAUGUCAUUAAUAUGUCAUCAAUUUAUGACUUUGGUAUUCUGAUAGGUUUUGAUGUAUAAAGACAUUGAUCAACAGAAUUGAUAUAUUAUCAUAGACAUUACAGAUGGUCCACUCAUGAAUGACGCAAAGUCAUUUUUCAAUGCGCACAAAGAAAUAUGUAUUUUCAGUCCACAAGAUGAUAUAGAUAUGUCAUAAUCAAACCUAUAUAAGUAUAUGACAUUGUAUAUGAGCACUGUCAAGCUUCUGGAGCUAUUCAUGUCAGGUUCAGCAGCAGGUUACCGUUAGGAUGCCAGUUAGGACAUUGCUCAAGUUCCUGAAUGCUGUAUUUGACACAAACUAGUGCUGAUAACAGCGUUCGAAAUACCUGCCUGCCUGACUGCCCGGAUGGGUUAUUUUCAACACGGACUGCCAGAUUCUUAAAUUCACCUGCCCAAUGUUAGGGUUAAAAUUUAGACAUGUAUAUGAAGAUAUUUUGUGAGCAGGUAACUUUUUGUCAGGGCUGGCAAGUUUUACAUCAAACCAGCCCUGUGGUCUGGCUGAAAUUUUUGGGAGUUUCAUACCCUGCUGAUAAGCCAACACAAUCAGUCCAAAUCUCUUACAUUCCUCAUUUUUAGUUUUGUCACUUUAAUUUAUUAAUAUUCUUGCUGAAGAUGCCUUUGAAUUGCCUGAUGAUUUGUGGCAUGUAAGCAAAUAUCUCACUGUGACAUGUAAGCAAAUAUCUCAAAAACUCGUGACCUUCCUAUGUUAUCUGACCUCGCUUUCGCUCGGCCUCUAGACCAAUCAGGUAGCCGGAAAAAUAUGCUUGCAUAAUAAAUGCUGAUAUUGAUCAUCUCUGAAUUAUGCCAGAGAUGAACAAAGACGAGGUAGAGUGUCCAUCAUUUUUCUGCUUUCUGUCAAGGUGAUCUGAAACGUACGCAGGCAACCAGUAGUAUAUAUGUAUUUCUCUCAACACCUCCCCAGUUGUAAUAUGUACAUGUGCCUUAGAAUGGUUUCAUUGUGUCUUGUAACUGAUAUAAGUUGGCUCCAGUUUUGUGAUAAUCUUAACAUUGCUCAUAUAUUGAGAAAGGGGCUGUGGGGUAGCCUAGUGGUUAUACUGUCUGCUUGUCACGCACGGGUCCAAUUCCCCACAUGGGCACAAUGUGUGAAGCCCAUUUCUGGUGUUCCCCACCGUGAUAUUGCUGGAAUAUUGCUAAAAGCGUCGAAAAACUGAACUCACGCACUCAUUCAUAUUGCAAAAUGACCCUUCAUAGAGUGAGGGCUAAGCUGUAUGAGUCCAGGAGUUUGUAAAAAAAAUAAAUGCGUUCAUUUGCUUAUGAACGUCAAAACUCUCAUUCAGUGGAAAAGUUCUAUAUUGUGUGAACAUCACAUCAAAUUAUAAUAUUGAGAUACUUGCUGUUAAACUUCUCAGGAUUGUACUGCAUAUGAUCUCUGGACCCAGGAUCCAGAUCUCUGUGUAGGACACACAGUGGCCAUUCAUAUGCAGCAGCUUUUGUGUCAGGCUGUCAUAUGCUUUCUAUUUUCUGAAAUCGCUCCUUUUACUAUUCUAUUUUAGGCCAGACCAAUUUUAUUUCUUGUUUUAUGGAUUUUUUUCCUCAGAAAACCUAACGGCAGGAGGGAAUGCA